AGCCUUUCCGCUUAGCCGCUUGGGGAUGAGACGACAAGACGUUCGCCAUGUCGGAGGGCAGCGACUUGGAUGGCGGCCAUGAUGAAGAUGAGAGCAGCGUGGGGAUGCUCACGAAGCAGCAGCAGGAAGAGCUGGAUUUUACAAAGAUCAAGGUGAACAUGCAGAAUGAGAAGUACCUCCUGGCUCACCCUGAGAUCCGAGAGAUGAUCAGUGUCUUCGUGCAUCAGGUCUUGGAAUACAAGCCAGACAACAUCCUUUGCUUUGCCGGUGACUUCUUCACCAGGGAGGAUUUGUUGGACUUCGUCAAGAAGAAGAGCCAGGAUGCACGAGAGGCUGCGGGACUGGUCGCUUGACAGUCCGACUUCUCACUCCAAGGUGCAGACGCAACCUGUGUGCUGAGAGGCUCAAGCAGUUGGUGAAAUGGAUAAACGAAUCCUGUUGAUCUUGCUAUGCGUGAUCAUGGUGUUCAUCCUGCGAUGUAGAUGUCCCUUGAUCCUGCAGGAUAUCACUUCCCCGUUCCAACUCUGAGCCCCACGAUGGUACAAUAUACAUUGCCAGCAAAUAUACAAUCAAUACUCACUGGGUCCCGGGUUUCACGACACUUAAGCCCGCACAAAGACGGGACAAAGCAGUGUCCAAUUGCGACGAAGCAAAUGGCAGCGAAUAAG